UUAGCCAAAUAUAUAUAUUUUACGAUUCCAGUUUUCCGUUAUCUAACCAUGUCUAAUCGCAAUCUGGUUAAAGUUUUUCUUCUGGUGUCUUUACUCACCUUGAGCCUGGUGCCUUUUAGUCAAGCAAAUCCUAAACGUGGUCGUAAGCGGGCUUUUGGGGUUGGUCUUUUGGGUGGAGCACUUGCCGGAGGUGUUAUAGGCAAUGUCUUGGCCAGGUCCCAUCAGGCUCCUGCUGCUGCACCCGCUGCUCCGGUGGCAGUGGUCCAUCAUCACUAUCCGGCUGGAGCUCCUGUAAUCGCUUCCCCCGUUGCAUUGGCAGGACCAGCCAAUCCAGAACCGAAGAAGAUGACCGUCAUCGAAACCGGCACUCCCGAUGCCAAUGGAUGCUACAAACAAACCAUCCGGGAACCCAAUCCCAACAAUCCCAAAUCAUAUACGGAAACCCAACACCUGAUUUGUCCCACGCUGCAGCAAGCCAACCAGCCCGCUCCUGCAAUUGCUCCAAGUGUUGUCCAGGUGCCUGUCAUGCCGCAGCCCUCGCCAGUGUUCCCUCCACCUGCGGCAGGACAUCCAGCUCCAGCUGCUCCUGUUGCUUCUCCAGUUGCUGCUCCUAUUGCUCAUGUAGUUCCUGCUGCCCCUGUCGCUUCUUCAGCUCCUGUAGUUCCUGUUGCCGUGGCUAUUCCAGCUCCCGCUCCGGCUGCCCCCGCUGUACAACCCAAUGCUGGCCAACCCCAGGUCAUCCUGCUCUCCAAGAAAACCGUAUACUACCCCAAAAAGCGAUCCUCUGCACCUUCACUCAUCGUUCCGCAGGGAGUGCUGUUCUUGCUAGUGAUUUUCCACUCCAUCAAGGCUUUUAUCUUUUAAAUCAAGAAAUAGUUUUACAAAUUUAUUAAUUUCAAAUCAGAUAGACACUUUCUUAAUCUUCCUUUUUGAUUAUUUUGUAUUAAUAAAACCCAAUAAAAUAAUAGG